GUAUAGAAUUUCUGAACUCGUGACUAGAUCUUAUAAAAGGCCUCUAACAGUGUAACACUUACUCUUCACUUCGUCGCAGAGAUUUUCAUUUUCAUUCACUUCUCUUCUCUGCACAUUAACCAUGGCAACAACGAUGCAAAGUUAUUCAUCUCUCGUUCUUGUUCUGUUGUUUCUCUGCAACACUUCUCUCUCAAACGCUCUCAAGGGUUUCAGUGUGGAAAUGAUGCACCGUGAUUCAGAAAAAUCGCCAUUCUAUCUUCCCUCAGAAACUCACUCUCAACGAGUUGCAAAAGCCAUUCAGCGUUCCAUUGCUCGUGUCAAUCAUCUCACAAAACCUUCUGCUUCCCUUGACACGGUUGAAUCCACCGUGAUACCAAACUCCGGUGAAUAUCUCAUGACCUAUUCAGUCGGAACUCCACCGUUCAAAAUCCUCGGUAUAGUUGACACCGGUAGCAACAUUGUCUGGUUGCAGUGUAAACCUUGCACAGACUGCUACGAACAAACCAGUCCUAUAUUUGAUCCUAGAAAAUCCAGAACAUACAAAAACCUACCUUGUACUUCUAGCGCAUGUCGUGCUGCGGGAGCUUCUUCCUCUUGCUCAGAGAAGUGUGAAUAUACUAUUAACUACGGUGAUGGAUCGCAUUCAACGGGAGAUCUUAGUGUUGACACCAUAACCCUAAGCUCCACCGAAGGUUCACCUGUCAAAUUUCGUAACAUUGCUAUAGGGUGUGGACAUGACAACACCGGAACCUUUCAAGCCAAUGGUUCUGGCAUAGUUGGUCUUUCUGGUGGAGCUACUUCUCUGAUAUCUCAGCUGGGUUCUACAAUCGAGGGAAAGUUUUCGUACUGUUUGGCACCGUUUUUUUCAGGGUCUAAAUCAACCAGCAAACUCAGUUUCGGUGAUGCUGCUGUGCUUUCUGGGAAAGGCGUUGUCUCAACCCCUUUGAUCAAACAAGAGGGUCAAAUAUUUUUCUUCCUAACGUUGGAAUCAUUCACCGUUGGAAGAAAAAAAGUAGCUGUUAGAGGUUCUUCUUCUGGACCUGCUUCAGAGGGAAACAUCAUAAUCGACUCAGGAACAACGCUCACUCUUUUACCAAGUGAUGUAUACGAAGAAUUGGAAUCUGCAGUGGCUGAUGCAGUGAAUCUGGAACGUGCGAGUGAUCCCAGUGGCUUUUUGAGCCUGUGUUAUGAAAGUGAUUCGAAUUCUGAACAAGGAAUACCAGUGAUCACAGCACAUUUCAGAGGUGCAGAUGUGGAUUUGAAAGCAGUGAACACUUUUAUUGAGGUUGGUGAUGGGGUAAUAUGUUUAGCUUUCCGUGCAAGUGAGGAUCUUUCCAUCUUUGGAAACGUGGCGCAGCAGAAUUUCGUGGUUGGAUACGAUCUUCAGAAGCAAACUGUUUCUUUUAAACCUAAAGAUUGUAGCAAGGGGUGAUUCUUUUUGUUGUGUUUCUCAGUUUGAUUGAAUAAUACAGAACAAAGUAUGUUGUCACUGUUAAUCAUGUAUAAAUAUUAUAUUAAUCAAUA